UCCCGCCCUGGGCAUCAUGAGUUACUUCCUGUCUUAUUGCAAAGCUCAUGGCAGCGCGCUGCUCACCGGCUACCAGGCCCUGCGCGCCGAGGGCUUCCUGUGCGACGUGACACUGGAGACCGAGGGCAGCGAGUUCCCGGCGCACAGGUCGCUCCUCGCGUGCUCCAGCGACUACUUCAGGGCCCUGUUCAAGAACCACACCCGAGAAUCCCGGGCGCCCGUGAUCCACCUGCAUGUGCCGUCGGCGGCCGGCCUGCAGCGCCUGCUCGACUUCAUCUACACCGCCUGGCUGCCGCUCUCCAUGGACACCGUAGAGGACACGCUGGAGGCCGCCAGCUACCUGCAGGUCACAGAGGCCCUGGAGCUGUGCGGCCGCUACCUGGAGCGCCAGCUGGCCCCGGAGAACUGCUGCUUUGCAGCUAACGUAGCGGCGCGCUUCGGCCUGGCGCACACGCUGGAUGCAUCGGAGCGCUGCAUUGUGCGUCACCUGAGGGAGAUGCUGGCGCGGGGCGCAGGCCCUAUGGGGCUGCUGGAGCUCAACCCCACGUCGCUGGUGGCCGUGCUGGGUGCCCCCGAUGUGGCGCGGGUGCCCGAGUCCCGGUUGCUGGGCCUGGCGCUAGCCUGGCUGCGGCAGGAGCCCAAGGCCGAACGCCUGGUGCAUUGCGCCGCGCUGCUUGAGCGCGUCCGCUUCGGCCUGGUGCCCGCCGACGUGCUGCGGCGCAUGUACUCGGGCUCCGGCCUCGCACUUCCCGCCCGGGUCAAGGGCCUCAUCAUCCAGGCCCUCAACUACCACACGGCGCCCUCCCGCCAGCCGCUCGUGCAGGGAGAGCAGACCAGUGUCCGGAGCCCCCAAACCCGCAUCUUGUUGGUCGGGGGGCUCAGGACAAGGGAGGCGGUGACUGAGGAGGUUGCAGCCCCGCGGGGUGCAGCCAGGGGCAGGGGCGCCGCGGCUCAGCCCGAGGAGGAGGAAGAGGAGCAGUUGGAAGAGGACGAGGAAGAGGAGUGGGAGCUCACCCAGGACGUGGUGGCUUUCGACGUGUACAACCACCGCUGGUGCAGCCUCACGCGGCUGCCCGCCCCACUACUGGGACACAGCGUGUGCGCGGCGGGCAACUUCUUGUUCGUUCUAGGUGGGGAGAGCCCUUUGGGCAGUGGCUUCUCUCCCUUGGCUGACGGCCCGCGGGCAGUCACGGCCCAAGUGCACCGUUACGACCCUCGCUUCCACACUUGGACGGCGGUGCCCGCUAUGCGAGAAGCGCGGGCUCACUUCUGGUGCGGCGCCCUGGGCGAGGGGCUUCUGGCCGUCGGGGGCCUGGGCGCGGGCGGCGAGGCGCUGGCCUCAGUGGAGAUGUAUGACCUGCGCCGGGACCGCUGGACGGCGGCAGCGGCGCUCCCGCGGGCGCUGCACGGUCACGCGGGGGCUGUCGGGGACCGCGGCGUGGUGUACAUCUCCGGGGGCAAGGCGCGGAGUGGCGAGGGCGGCACGAGCAGCCUCAGGGACGUGUGUGCCCUGGGCCCCGGGGAGCGGACGUGGAGCAAGAGGGCGCCUAUGGGCACGGCCCGCUUUGGGCACCACAUGGCUGCCCUGCGCGGCGCGGUGUUCGCCUUUCUGGGGCGCUAUGAGCCCUUCUCUGAGAUCGAGCGCUACGACCCCGGCACCGACCAGUGGACUCGACUGCGGCCGUUGCCCUACGACCGCUUCUGCUAUGGGCUGGCCGUGGUGGAGGAGACAGCGCUGCUGCUGGGCGGUGUCAAGUGGCGGGACUCGCGCCAGGUGCCAACCCGCAACGUGGUGGGUUAUGACCUCGACCUGGACCGCUGGGAGGACAUCGGCUGUGCGCUGCCCUGGGCCUGGAGUGGCCUGCAGUGCGCAGUGCUGCAGCUGGCCGAAGGUGGGGACGAGGAGAGGGAGGGAGAGACCAGAGAGGCUCCUGAUUUAGUGCUGGGCUUCAUGGGUUAGGGCAGUCUCUGGCUACAGAGGAGAAAAUAGUGCUUGAGCAGGUUUACAGAGAAACACGUGGGUUUUUCUUAAGAAUGGGGCCCUGGGAACACAGUGGCUUCUGAAGGUUAAGGAGGCAAACAAGGGCUUGGCCAAAGAGGGACGUUUCCCUUUAAGCUGAGAGUGGGAGACAGGAGGGGUCAAAUAGGAUAUAUGAAUCAGCUUCAGUGAGCUGGGGAUUUCUAGAAAUUCUCAUGCUGGGCUAGAGAUGGACUUUCAAAAGUAAAAUAUGACCCUGUUUUCCCUCUUACAGUUGAAGUGUUUCCCUAGGUGCUAAACAGUGAUUACUUUUGUGCCAAACAAACAAACAAAUGGCCAAAAAUGUACCAUCAUAAGUUAUAUACAAGACCCAGGAAAUCAUAAGCUAUAAAGGCUGUAAUAAAUAGUCCUAGAACAUGGCAUUAUCUGAAUAAACAGUGAAGGGAAAGUGCCUUGGUUAAACAGCACGAAAUCAUUGUAAGGAAAACUAUGAUUUUAUCAUCCAGAAACAUGGUUCUGCUCUGACGGUUUAAAAUAACUAUGGAACUUGGAUGGAAAAAAAACUCUUAGGAGAGCACCUUUUUUUUUUUUUGAGAUAAUGACCUAGGUUAAGUUUUUCUGUCCCUCAUCCUUAGUUACCCUUUGUCUGCUUUUGCCUUAGCUUUAGGCAGCUCAUUGGUUUUAAGUUUUAUGUCAGCAACCCUUAGCCAUAACAAUGAGGCUCUUCUGGUUAAGUGGAACAUCUAACAAAAACAAAACCCUAUUUCUUUCAUCCUAUUUAAAUGUUCAUUCUGUAGACAUGCUGUAGGUUAUAUUAAAACAAAACCAAAAAAACCCCCUUAUUUUUGGUGGCUCCUUCACCCACCCUCCCCAAUUUCCCCAAAGAAUCACAGAGAAAGGAAAGAGGAGUGAAAAUUUCAAGUUCAUGGCAGGCAAAUGGGAAACCGGCUUGAUUUUACAGGGGCUCAGAGAAGAUGCUUGUGUACACUGCACAGGUGAUUGUUCAUUGGAGUAGCAAAGUUAGAA